AUGGCGGAGUUCGACACAGGCACAGAUAUCGUGUAUCGAUACCAAAUGGCGCGCUACCAAGAAGUCGAGUCGCGUCGUGAGACCACAGAGACUACAGCUGCAGCCACCACUGAUCGCCACGGUAUGCAAGACUCUGCGCCUGUCGCAUCCGAGACUGCUGCUGUUGUUAGACCGCAGGAGAAUGUGGCCGCAGUCGUAGAUGCUGCACAGACUGUGAGAGAAGAUUCAGACGCUGGGAAUGAUGAUACCGUUGCAGGGGACGCGGAGGAAGAUGUAGACGACCCCGACACCAUCUUGUCGGUGGAUUUGAGUGCAUCGAAUAUUGCGGAAGAACGCCGUACACUUACGUCUGAGGCUCACGACGGCGACGACCCUGAGGAGGUAGCAUUCGAUAUUGCCGAACGUCUCUACGACAUCUUGAGGCAUCCCAUGAUGCCAUCAAGCGAGGAAGCCAACAUCGUCGCACGGCGCGUCAUGCGGCAGACUUUAAAGCGUAUCUCGGUUCGUCUCAUCGAGUACAUCAACAAGGCCAAUCCACCGCGCAAGACAGGGCUUGUCAAGUCCACACGGGCAGCAAUCAAUCAGGAGGGUGACGACGACGAGUACCAGGAGUACACAUGCUUCGACGAGCUCCGCACAAUCAUCGGCGAGACUGUCAUCGAGACCUUCUGGUACGAGUGCAACUUCGGUGAGGACAGUGAGAGCGGUUUUUCUCGUCACUACGUCACCGACGAGACCAAGACAGAGCUCGCUAUGAUGGACAAAGGUCUCAAGACUGUCAUUCUGGAGAUGACUCGGCAGAUUAGCGAAAUCCAGCGUGUGCCAAAACCGACUUCUGGCGGCGCCCAGCUGACAGAGGACAGUCAAAUCGGCAGCAGAAGAUCCUUCAAGGACAGGAGCUCGAUCGAAGGUGAUAGUUCCGCCAAGGAGAGAAAGUCAACUGGUCUGAAGAGCUCAGGUGACAAGUGGGAGCCGACGGAGGAGCUGAUGUGCUGGGAGCUUUUCUGGGACACGAAUGGAAAGGCAACGAAUCGUAAGAGAGCUGUCACGGUUCCCAUGCGCGAGAUCGCCUUCAAUGGCUGGUCUGCCAAGAACACGAAGAAGCGGACCAUCAGGCAAUGGUGCGCGAUGGAACAGCAUAUGAAUCAGCUCAUCAAGAAGGACAAGAAGACGCACCAGGAAAUGAGAGACGUUGUGGGCGAAGCUAUAGCGGACGACAUUUCCGAAACAGCAAAAGCUCUGAUCGACAGUCUUGAUGUAGCUACAUCAGCAGAUAAGGCUGGUAAAAGCAGCGAUAGUGGCAUCGACAUGAAUCAGAUCGAUUUGAGGAUCCACAGCACCAGUCCAGUCUCGACAAAGCGCAAGCGACGUACAGCCGAGGAGAACGAUGCUGCUGCUGAUGACGAAGCCCAAGGUGAUGCUGAGAAGGAAGAAGAUAUGCCAGAGCCGGCGGCGAAGCGUACCAAGGCUGACAUUCUCGUGGAGCACGGCAAACGAAGCCAUGAUACGGCAGGUUGGCAGACUUGA